AUGCUUGCGCCGUCGUCGUAUGCCAAUUCUCAGGACGUCAACUACCCACCGUUGUCACAGAUCCGUGAGGAAAAACCUGGUCCAAUGACGGCUCCGUACGACUAUUCAGCGUACUCGGCUAUGGAUCCUCAUGUCUUACAAAUGGCAGACAUUGGCGCUGGAUACUGGGGUGCAGGCGCUCCUCCCUAUGCUCCACUUGGUGGUUUACCUCAUUACCCGCCUUUAUCCGCUGGUACCGAAACCGACUAUGCUGCUUCGGCCCCGACGGCUUACCCAACACCGGUGGUACCACCGGUCUCCUCAUCAAGUGGUACUGGAUCUUCGGAUGUUUUGGAGAUCGGGAAGUCAAACGUCCAACCUUACGCCAGUCAAGUCGCAAAUCCCGUGGUUUCUAGUGAUGCACUCUCGGCCAUGUACCAGCCGCCCACUGUUUGGCCUGGAUAUCCCGGAUAUAUGGCACCUGAUGACAAAGCGGCAACUACACCUGGUGCAUCUAGCGCCUACCCUACGCUUCCGUUACCGUAUGCCUUUCCGGAUGGUUCAGACCUCGGGCAUACCUCUUUCUACCCAACUCAGUCUACCCUCUCCGACACUCCCUCAUCUACCGACACUGGUUAUGCGUCGCAUUGCUUACCACCAGCUCAAGUCUCACCUUCACCUGCACAUUUCGACUACUCCGUUAUGCAACAGGCUCCAUCUGGCUCCAGCCUAUCCCUACCCAUUCGACCAUCGUCAAAACGAUCAUCGAAGAAGAUUCGGGGUGAGUCCGAUGACGACACAAAAUCUGGCGAUGAACGAGAUGUUGACCGACGAUCCGCGAACAAUGCUCGAGAAAGGGUUCGUGUUCGUGACAUCAACACUGCGUUCAAAGAGUUGGGUAAAAUGUGUGGACAACAUCUUCCGAAUGCAUCCGAAAAAGCGCAGACAAAGCUUGGAAUCCUGCAUCAAGCUGUCUCCAUCAUCACUGCUUUGGAGGAGCAGGUUCGACAACGUAAUCUGAACCCUAAGGCGGCAUGCAUGAAGCGACGAUCCGAUGAAGAGAAGCUGCCCACAAGCGCUCUUAUGGAACAACGACCACAUUCGCACGAGUAUCAAGGUCAAUACUAGCUUAUCACGCGCUUCGAUACCGUAUCCUCCGCGUCGCCUACCGCUACCAUAUGCUACCGUAUCCCCCUCAAACUUUUACCAUGAUAAUAAAAUUCGUCGAGAUGCCUGGGUCCCUUCUCUUCGGAUCCUGCGAGCGAGUGUUUGUGUGCUAAUCCCAUAAUCCACAUUUUCUUGAUUGUUCAAUCUUCGAUCUGUGCUUUUUCUAGAGAGAUUUUUUCUCUGUUUAUUUUUUUCUGUGAUUUGUGUGCGUAAUAUAUGGUUUUUGAGCUCUCAACUGGCUAUGCCUAAUUGUGAAAAUAGAUAGUAAAUUUUGCAACUGUGCAAAAC